UCAAAUUUUGGAGAAAUGAAACAAUCACUUUUUUUUUCUCAGCAGCAGUCUUUUUUUUUUAACCCCAUUUUACCGCCAACAAUCAGGAAAAGACGUGUAAAAUUUACUGCGGGACACUGAUGUUUAAGGAUGCAGCCGCUGGCUUUAUUUGCUUUUCUUUGGGUGCUGCUUCCCUUUGUUUUCUGUCAGGAUGAUUCAUGUCCGAUAAAUGGGAGAAAUGGCGUGGCGGGAGUCCCUGGCAGGGACGGCUUAUCAGGAGCAAAGGGAGAGAAAGGAGCACCAGCAUUGCAGGAGGAGCUGAACAGUAUCACCCUGCAGGAACUCAAAGGAGAGAUGGGCAUCAGAGGCCCUCCAGGAGAACGUGGUCCGAAGGGUUUUAUGGGUGCACAGGGUCCAAAGGGUUCCUUUGGUCCUAAGGGUCCUAGAGGAUCCAGUGGUGGCAUUGAUGGCAGCGGAGGCGCCGCUGGUACAAAGCCUGCUUUCUCUGUGCUGCGAACCCAAACAGAAUUGGCUUCAUACGGCACACCUGUGAUCUUUGAUAGUGAACUUAGCAAUAUCAAUAAAGAUUUCAACCUUAAAACUGGCAAAUUUACUUGCAAGGAUCCUGGGGUGUAUUACUUUGUGUUUCAUGCAUCGUCUAAAGGACACAUAUGUCUCAGACUUAAGAAUAACAGCAAUACAGUCAGCCUGAAUUUCUGUGACUUGAAUCCACAAUCGGUAUCUGUUGUUGUGUCAGGUGGAGUCGUACUUCAGCUAUCUUUAUAUGAAGAAAUAUGGAUUGAGCCUUUCACAAAAAGUGGUUCUGCCAGGAACAUGCCCAAAAGCAUGUCUGCUGUGUUCAAUGGAUUUUUAAUCUACCGUAAAACAUAGGAGACUCAAUAGCCCACAUAUUAAACACGCUGCAAAUGAUUAUUGACUGUGGUGGUGAUGUAUAGCAGUGAUGUGAGCAUUUUACAAACAUUUAUUAAAAAUAUAAUCUGUUGCAUGCUGUAUUCAAAUCUUGUAUACAUGCAUCUUGUUUUGUAUUAAUUGUUUUGUUUUGUAUUAAACUUGCUGUCUUUGACAAAUGUCUUCAAUUAACUAAAUAAAAGCAUAAAUGACUACA